AUGAAUAAUGAGUGUCUUGCAGAGGAGAUUAAACUAAUUGAUGGAGAGAAGCAAGAACUGAGAACUGAACUUGAUUACAAAGAAGGAUCAAUAUUUGAACAAGAUAAAGAACUGAAUAUCAUCAAAAAAAGAAAAGAGUAUAUUGAAAGGAGACUAGAGACACCAGAGUCUAAACUGAAAGUGAAGCUACUGACUAGAGGGAAGUUGAUAAAUAAAAUAUUCAAAUCAAAGAAAUCAGAGACUCAGUGUUUUCAAACCUCUCUCCUAGAGAAAGCAGGUACUGACUUUACUGGUAUAAUCUGUCUAUACUACCUCAUCACAGGAAGAAAGAAGGCAUUAGUGGAGUAUAAGAAAGAGAUUGAGUUGCUACAAGAAAAUAUAUCGAUAACUAGUGUACAGCUGCUGAUGAGUCAAAAAGCAAAUAUUGAGA